AUGGCUUUGGCAUAUAACGAGGCAGUGGAAUCUAUGCGAAAGAAAGAGUAUCCUAUGCUACAAGGAAAAGUCUAUUUGGACCAUGGAGGAACGACAGUUUACUCCAAAUCCCUGGUACAUCGAUUUUCAGAGAAACUUACGUCGAACUUAUAUGGUAAUCCUCAUUCCGAGUCCGAUCCAGCCGCGUUAUCAGGCCAAGAAGUAGACAAGAUCAGAGAACAAGCACUUUUGUUCUUCAACGCAAAUCCCGAACACUUCGAUCUCAUCUUCACUGCCAAUGCUACUGCUGCAAUUAAGCUCGUCGGCGAAAGCUUUCGUGACCUUGCCUCGGGGUCAUCCUCAGGAACUUUCUCUUAUACCUACCACAAGGAUUCUCACACAAGCCUUGUCGGUUUACGGAAUCUGGCAGACGAAGACCACAAAUGUUUAACGAGUGAUGAAGAAGUUGAAGAGUGGCUCAGCGGACAAGAGCACAAUCCUAAUUGCAACGACAAUGUCCCCGGGCUUUUCGCAUAUCCAGGUCAAUCAAACAUGACUGGUCGAAGACUUCCUCUAAGCUGGCCACGAAGACUAAGAUUUGCCUCUGCCAACCAAAAUAUUUACUCGCUUCUCGACGCUGCGGCGUUAGCAACGACAAGUCCUCUCGACUUUCGGGAUCCACAUUCAGCUCCCGAUUUCACUGCUGUUUCGUUUUACAAGAUUUUCGGUUUUCCUGAUCUGGGAGGACUGAUAGUCCGGCGAGCUACAGGUCACGUCCUGACAUGGAGGAAAUACUUUGGUGGCGGAACAGUCAAUAUGUUGACCGUUUUGGAUGAGUCUAGAGUGGAAAGAAAGGAUGCUACGAUCCAUGAUGCGUUGGAGGAUGGGACAUUACCUUUCCAUAACAUUAUCGCUCUUGGCUGUGCUAUAGACGUACAUCACGAGCUGUAUGGGAGUAUGUCACUAGUCUCCAAGCACACGAAUUUUCUUGCGCAACGGCUCUACAGAGGAAUAUUGUCACUUCAACAUGGUAAUGGAAGAAGAGUGUGUAUUGUACACAACGACAACAAAGAUGAUUCUGCAUACGAUGAUGCUGCUCUACAGGGUGCAACUGUCGCCUUUAAUGUCGUUAAUGCGUAUGGGAGAUACUUUGGCCACCCGAGCGUGGAACGUCUUGCCAAUGAGAACAGUAUCUAUCUGAGAUCAGGUGGUCUUUGCAACCCAGGCGGUAUCGCACACUACUUAAGAAUUGAACCUUGGCAGUUCAAGAGAGCAUGGUCUGCGGGGUAUCGCUGUGGUGGUGCAUCACCAUUGGAAGUGAUUUCUGGAAAACCAAUUGGUGUUGUGAGAGCCAGUUUGGGUGCGAUGAGCACAAUUUCAGACGUAGAUAACCUUAUAGACUUCCUCAGGUCAAAUUUUCGAGAGGAAAGUCAAAACCUAGGAUUUCGGCAAAUGCCAGAGAAAACAACUAAUACUUCACGAAGCCCGACUUUACGACAUCAUAUUCUGAAAGAGCCGAUGGGACAUGCUCCUAGGGUCGAAGAGUUUAUGCAGAACCGCUCACAUGUAUCAGACGGGGAGAAGAUGGAUAUUCCCGAAAAGGUUCCCAAAAGCCGCAACAGGUCUUGUUGGAGUGUUGCUGGUUUGCUUUUGAGAAAGCACACCAAGUCUGCUUUACCACCUGAAAUAGACAACAACAAGGCUGCUGCUAUAAAAUCUCAAAAAUGGACGAUAUGA